CUUCUCUGAAAAACCUUGUUCCUCUCUGAAGGGCAUAUAGUUUGUAUUUGAGCACAUGUGAGUAAUUGUUUAAUUGUUUGAUGGGUGCUCUCACUCUGCCCUCUCUUAACAUAGUUUUUAGUGUCAGGAGUUCCUCGUUGUGUCCCCAGUGCCUGGCAUAGUGUCCAGCACACAGCAGGUGCUCAAAAUUUGGUGGACGAAAAAUAAAGACGAAUUCUGUUUCCCUGCAUUGGGCCAUCCAUCUGUGAUAUCUCUGAGUGCCUCCAUCCCCAGACUGGAGUGUGUCCCUCCGGGGUCGGACUUUAGCACCUCAUCCAGGGUGGCAGGAGGCUGUGCUCUUUGGUUUGUCUAUCUCGGGCUUCCCGCCCAGGGGCGCAGACAGCGGAACCCACAGCUGGGGCGUGUCGCGCAGUUACGAGGAACCUCCCUGCCUCCGCACGUCAGUUGUGUUUUUAACCCCGGCAGGAAUCGAGCUUAGACCGAGAAGUCUCCUGGCACCUCCGGACGUGGGAAUCACAGGCUUGGACAUCAAACCCACGCGGGUGUCCUCAUGACUUCCCCUGCAGACCAUGUCUUUGAUCCUCUUUGCCUGUGUGGUGAGGGUGAGGGAUGGACUGCCGCUCUCGGCCUCCACUGACUUUUACCACACCCCGGAUUUUCUGGAAUGCAGGCGACGGCUCAAGACUUUAGCCUUGCGACUGGCCCAGUACCCAGGUCGAGGUUCUGCGGAAGGACGCGACUUCAAUAUACAUUUUUCUUCUUUGCGGGAUGUGGCUUGCAUGGCUAUCUGCUCCCGCCAGUGUCCAGCAGCCAUGGCCUUCUGCUUCCUGGAGACCGUGUGGUGGGAAUUCACAGCUUCCUAUGACACCACCUGUAUUGGUCUAGCCUCCAGGCCAUACGCCUUUCUCGAGUUUGACAGCAUCAUUCAGAAAGUGAAGUGGCAUUUUAACCAUGUAAGUUCCAUUCAGAUGGAGAGCAGCUUAGAAAAAAUUCAGGAGGAACUGGAUUUCCACCCUCCAGUGGUUCUCACUCUGGAGGACACAGAUGUGGCAAAUGGGAUAAUGAAUGGUCACACACAGAUACACUUGGAGCCGGCUCCUAAUUUCCGAAUGGAACCAGUGACAGCCCUGGGUGUCCUCUCGCUUAUUCUCAACAUCAUGUGUGCUGCUCUGAAUCUCAUCCGUGGAAUUCACCUCGCAGAACAUUCUUUACAGGUUGCCCAUGAGGAAAUUGGAAAUAUUCUGGCUUUUCUUAUUCCUUUUAUAGCCUGUAUUUUCCAGUGUUACUUGUACCUGUUCUACAGUCGGGCCAGGACUCUGAAGGUGCUGCUGCUGCUGCUCUUUAUCUGCCUGGGCAACGUGUACCUGCACGGGCUGCGGAACGUCUGGCAAAUCCUCUUCCACGUGGGAGUGGCUUUUCUGUCUUCGUAUCAGAUACUGACCAGGCAGCUUCAGGAGAAGCAGUCUGACUGUGGAGUUUGAAGGUGACACCGUGUGAUGAACGGAUCCUUCGGCUUUCUUAGGAGGGUCAUCUGUUUCCCUUCUGGCUUCUCGACCUCACCUCAAGUUUCCACCCUUGAAGUUCCCUUCGACCAAACUAGGCUGAGACUGAAAGUGGGGGAUUUUUAACAGGUGCAGUGGAAGGCGCGAGGUGGCUUGAGACCCAGGCCCGGUUUUGUGCGGAGCCUUACGGCAGAAUCUCCAGGUCAGCACCUCUCCUUAGGACAGCAGAAUCUGGGGGCUCACUCACAAGGAGCAUUAUGGGAAGAUCAGAACGGCAUUGUUUUGGUCUUUUAAAUUGAAUGAUGCAAUAAACCACUAGAUUCAAUAACACUAGUUUUAAGUAACUGGCAGUUGUCUCUGAGGAACCACUUUAAAACCCGCAUCAGCUUUUCACUCUAAAUGUGACUUGGUUAGUUUUUUGUAGAGGGUCAAUACAGGGUGAAUUAAAAAUUUUAAAAUAUGGUUCAGAGAUAUAAGCUAGAUAAAUUUUGUUUACAUUUUUUGAUAACCUAGGUCCGAUACGAUACCUUUAGAAUAUUUAGAUAUAUUUUGGAUAUAAAUUGAACUUAUCUUCAUUUAGGGAAAGGACAAACUUAAGCUGAGAAAAUGGUUAAGAAAGCUGAAUUUAUUUAAUUUAUAUAUAACUUUUUAUGGUGGUGGGGCUGCGCGGGUACAGAAAUGUUUUGUAUUUAUUUGCAGGGUAUAUCUGAAUAUUUUAAAAAUUGAGUAACCAGUGCUACUGGAUCAUAGCUUGUGAGCGUGAGCACGAGCUUAUAAUCCUGAGAAUUUCAGGAUUCUUUGCAGUGGGCCACAGACUGGAGUAGGUGAAUCACAUGGAUUUGCAUUAGUGGCACUUUACAGAUGCAGGUGGUAUUUAAAAAAAAAAAAAAAAAAAGCUGUUUUCANAGC